AUGGAGCCUGCCACACCAGCUCAGUUGUUGUUUCCAUGCAUUCACCUGCAGGUGUGGCCUCUUGCUGAGCCGGGGGAGCUGCCAUGGAGCUUGCAGCGCAUGGAGUCGAUGCAGCACAUGCACUACCAGUAUGCUGGGCAGUACUGGCUGACACAGGCGCUCAGAAAUGCCAGCGGCGUGCUGACUGACAACAUUGACGAGGCGUGCCUGGUCUGGGUGGACACAUACUGCUAUCAGCAGUGGUGGUGGAUCCAGAAAGCCAUUAAGUUUCGAUCGGAUUGGCUCAAGGGUUAUACUCAUAACGAAAGCCACGUAUCCAACAUUUACGCCCAAGCACUUGAUUAUGCCACCACCUCUGAGCAGUUUCAGAAACAUCAGGGGCGCGAUUACGUCUUUCAAGUCUUAUGCACAAACCUUCCUGUCAAGGUUUCCAAGUCGUACUCAGAAGUACAGCUGGAGAUGCGGAAAUCUGUCUUUUGUCUGCUUCCCCCGGGCGACACCGCCAGCAGCAACCGCCUGACGGAGACCAUUCUGUCCGGCUGCAUCCCUGUGUUCAUUGGGCCGCCGUGGCAUGAGAUGCCUUUCCACCGUGGCGAGGUUGAUUGGGCCUCCAUGGCGGUGUUCCUCAACAUUACGGAGGCCAGCUGGCUGGAGAGUCCUGACUGGCUGUUUCUGGUUUGGGGUCUCUACACGGGCACUCUGCCAUCCGCGCCUAGCCAGCAUGUGACUCCCGCCAUCUGUCAGGGGCAGGCAGUAACGCAGGUGUGGCCUCUUGCUGAGCCGGGGGAGCUGCCAUGGAGCUUGCAGCGCAUGGAGUCGAUGCAGCACAUGCACUACCAGUAUGCUGGGCAGUACUGGCUGACACAGGCGCUCAGAAAUGCCAGCGGCGUGCUGACUGACAACAUUGACGAGGCGUGCCUGGUCUGGGUGGACACAUACUGCUAUCAGCAGUGGUGGAUUAUCCAGAGAGCUAUCAGGAAGCGCGACUUGCCGGGUUACCAUCAGAGUGAAAUUGAUGUUCAACGAGUGUACAAUCAAGCGCUCAAGCACAUUGCAACCUCUGAGCACUUUCAGUGGCCAACGUGGAUUUGGCAGCUCCCAUUGUGGGAUCUCAGAGACCGACAUUUCUUUUCAUGA